ACUUCCAAUAACUUCGAGGCAGAAAAUACCUUACUCUUCUUUGCUUACCUAGAGGCUUGCAUAUGAUUUGGUACUCAGUUAAUGUAGGAACUGAACCACAAGCGGAAUCAAGAAGCGGGUUGUCGUUCCUGCCCUCCUCUGAAGUGAAUUACGUUAGUGGCACUGUUCAUUGCAGUCAUGAACUUGCACUCAUUCUCGGACAAGGUGGCAUAACUUUGGCUUUUUUGAGCAUUAUAUUACUGAUUCUGAUUCUGUCCUUUUCUACUCAUCCCCAAAUAAAUGGUGUCUAGCAGAAGAAAAAGAGAUAAUACUCUACACACACACACACACACACACACACACACACACACACACACGAAGAACGAGAGGCUCAUGGGUAUCAUCAAUGCACCAGGGACACAUUUCAAGGGACAGGCUGCAGAGAAGGCAAACCCGACCAGAGAGAAGGUGGUCGGGGCAUUGCAGGGACCUUUCCUACAUCUUCAGCUCUGAGAGUCUCCAGUUCUGGGUACGGCAGGAUCCCCGAGAAAACAGAGAUAAACACAGAUGCUUGCACAAGCCUGCGAGACAACUGGAGAUCCGACUAGAGUUGAAAGGUAGGCUUUCGGCAAUCUGCGCGUUUUGCUGUGUUCAGGGCGCAAGUCUUCCAGGGACACAUUUCCUUCCACGCUCCAGGGAACCUCCCCGGCCACCACCCCUCCUGCUGGACAGCUUCCCAUUUGCCGGAAUUUUAUGGGCGCCGCCCCUUUAAGCGCCGCGCGGCGCGCAUGCGCCCUGGCUGUGGGCCUGGCGAACCCGGCUUCUGUACGCAGAGCGGCUUGGUUUGGGUGGGGCGUUCCCGGAGCCGGCGCGUCCUCCGCCUUUACGCGGAGUCCAGCGACCCCGAGCGAGGACAGCGCCUCCGGAGCUGCGAGGCAGGACCCUGCGUCUCCUCUUCCUCCCGCUCGGGCCGAGACUGAGUCGCGGUUGGCCAGGCCCCAGGACGCCCCCCAUGGCGGGCCCGUGGGUCGAGGUGGACGGCAGCAUCAUGGAAGGGGGCGGGCAGAUCUUGAGGGUGUCUACGGCUCUGAGCUGUCUCCUGGGCCUCCCCUUGCGGGUGCAGAAGAUCCGAGCAGGCCGCAGCACGCCGGGCCUUAGGCCUCAGCAUUUAUCUGGACUGGAAAUGAUUCGAGAUUUCUGUGAUGGGCAACUGGAGGGGGCAGAAAUCGGCUCAACAGAAAUAAUGUUUACGCCAGAGAAGAUCAAAGGUGGAGUCCACACAGCAGAUACCAAGACAGCAGGGAGUGUAUGCCUCUUGAUGCAGGUCUCAAUGCCCUGUGCUCUCUUUGCUGCUUGUCCAUCAGAACUUCGUUUGAAAGGUGGAACUAAUGCUGAAAUGGCACCACAGAUUGAUUACACAGCCAUGGUAGCAAAAGAUAUGGCAGCGGCAGCCGUAAGAUGCAUCAGAAAGGAGAUUAGGGAUCUGUAUGUUAACAUCCAGCCUGUUCAGGAAACUAAAGACCAAGCUUUUGGCAAUGGAAAUGGAAUAAUCAUUAUUGCUGAGACAUCCACUGGCUGUUUGUUCGCUGGAUCAUCGCUUGGUAAACGAGGUGUUAAUGCAGACAAGGUUGGAAUUGAAGCUGCUGAAAUGCUGUUAGCAAAUCUUAGACAUGGCGGUGCUGUGGAUGAGUAUCUGCAAGACCAGCUGAUCAUUUUCAUGGCAUUAGCCAGUGGAAUUUCCAGAAUAAAAACAGGACCAGUUACACUCCAUACCCAAACGGCUAUACAUUUUGCUGAACAACUAGCAAAGGCUAAAUUUACUGUGAAGAAAUCAGAAGAUGAAGAAGAUGCUUCUAAAGAUACUUACAUUAUUGAGUGCCAAGGAAUCGGGAUGACAAAUCCAAAUCUAUAGGGUAUUUGCCUCUUAAAUGAUAGCUCAAUGAUGUAUUGCACUAAUCAUUUCAUAAAUAUUAUAUAGAACAAUGAAUAAGCAGUAACUUAUUAAAGGACCUGACUUAAAUUUAGAGAUGAAAUACAGAAAGUUCUAGAUUUGCUGAGACUGCUUCGUCCUAUUAAUCUCACUUUGACUGUCUUCUGAGAUAGAUAGGGACAGCGAAAUUUAAGAGUUGGUGAAUAUGUAUGAUAGCUGAUUUCAGUAUUAAAGUAUUGAAAUAAAAUAUUCUUUUCACCUGAA